CACUGAGCCUCACCCAGGGCAAGAAUGGGGUCCCUGCACCCCCUACUAUUUUGGGGUGAGGGGCAACAGGCUUUCCCACCCUUGUGGCCCUUGGGGGGUCUCCCACCCCCUCACCCCGACCCCCCUCCCUCUGCAGAGACUCCCACCUUCCUCACCCUGCGGGACACAGCCCCCCGCCGGCCCCCCCUGCGCCCCACGGCCUUCUCAGGGUGCCUGAACUGCAGCCGUGUCGGGGAGCUGACGGCCCGGCUCGCCACCCUCGAGGCGCAGGUGGCCCGGCUGGCAGCGGCAGAGCCCCCCACCCCCCCAGCGCCCAAGGGCGGCCCCCCGGGCCGGGGGCAGCUCUGGGGGUCCCCGGCGGCCCGCGGGAGCCCCGGCGAUGACGGGAGACCCGGCCCCAGGGGACCCCCCGGCCCCAAGGGCGACGCGGGAGGACGGGGCCCGUCGGGAAUUCCGGGAGUGAAGGGGCCGACGGGGCCGCCAGGUCCCCCCGGCCCGCCGGGACCCCCCGGCCGGGACGGGGCCAGGGGGCUCCCAGGAGAGAAGGGACCCCCCGGGCCCCCCGGACCCCCAGGCCCCCCUGCCCCCGUGGGACCGGCGCCCCCCCGCCUGGCCCAGCCCAGUAAGGGGGGCUGGGAUAAGGGGACGGGGGGGGAGGGUUUGCACCAGCUCCGGGAGGCGCUGAAGAUUUUAGCGGAGAGGGUUUUAAUCUUGGAAACAAUGAUUGGGCUCUACGGUGAGUAGGGGCACGGGGACCCCCGGGGUGCCCCCCCGUCCAGGGGUGCCCCCCAUGCCUGCCAGCAGGUCCCUGUGACGUCACGGUGGCCCUUGGCUUGCUGAUACCAUGGAGCUGUGGGGAGGGGACCCUCGGCACCCCCUCACCUCCAAGUGGGGGAGUGGGCCCAGGGGGGUGACCCCCACUUUGAGGGGUGACCCCCAUCCCUGCUGGCAGGUCACCAGGUC